UUGUCGUUGUUGCUGUUGUUGUUGUGGUUGUUGUUGUUGCUGGUGCUGCUGCUGCUGCUGCUGCUCGAACACCUUCUGUUUCUUAGAACAUGUCGUGGGUAGGCCUAUCGGAAUGCCGGGACGGUCGGUCUCUGCUCAAGGAGAUUGAGCUGCAGGGCCUGGCCAGGAGAUGCCAGGAGUUGGAGGCCGUCGUCACGCAGGUGAAGUCAGAGGAGGGUAAGGUAUACCCAUACCGUUACCCUCCCCUCGUUUUCCGCUGUCUGGGCCUCCUGGGAGGCCCUCGUCGCCACGGCUGGAUUCGUUUCGAGAUCUUGGUGAGAACCCACCCUGGGGGCGGUCCAGGGGGUAAUCGGUAACGGUACCUUUUGGUUUCCCCAGUUGAAGAGCGCCCAGCAAGAUCUCUUGGCGCAGAUCGGGCGCAUGCAGAGCGCGCAGGUCAGCUUCGAGCGGAGAGGUGUCGAGCUUGGGGCCGCCAAGUCCAGGAUCGCCGAGCUGGAAAGCUCGUUGAGGGACAGCGCCACGGUCGCGGAGCGGAGGAGGCUCGAGCUGGAGGCCUCCCAGCUGGCGAGGCAGCAGGGCGAGGCCCUUCUGCAGGAAGCCACCUGCUCCCUGCGGUCGCGGGAGGAGGAGCUGCAGGCCGCUCAGCAAGAGCGCACCCUCGCGACGCAGGCGCUGGCGGCGUCGCAGCGACGGGAGCAAGACAGCCGCCGACAGCUGGCCCAGCUGCAGCAGCAGGUAGAGGCCUGCAGCCGCAGCAGCGCCGAGAUCGAGGGCGUUCUGCGGGCGGCGCAGGCGCGAGAGGCCCGCCUGGCGCAGCUCGAAGGUGCAAUCUCUGCCGCUGCCGCGGGCCCUCCGGGCCCGAGCCUGGCGGAGGCCCCACGGACCCCGCGGCUGCCACAAGACAAGUCCACCCCGCACCUGCUGGAGUGCGGCGGCCCCUCGGAGCAGGCUCCAGAGCCAGGCGAGGCGGCCAGGCGAUCAUGCGACGAGGCACGCCAGGAGUUGUCUUCAUGCUCCCUGCGGCUCGGCGGCGCCAGCACCGCCCCCUGGUCUCCCGCGCCCUCGGCGCGGCCGCUGCACUCCGGGCUGUCGUCGCCGGAGAGCUCUCCGCUGCAGCCGCGACUGCCCUCCAGCUGCUUCGUCGGGCGCGCCGAGGGCGGCGGUGCCUCCGUUGCGGCGGCGGCGCCGCCGUCGACAGCUCCUCGGCUGGCGGAGCCGCGCAGGCCAUCUGCCAUGCAGACCCGCUCGGUGCCGCAGCUUCCUGCGCAACCUCGCCCUCGCUCUCGCCGGUCCCCUCGCGCGGACAAGGACCAUCGAGGCACCAGCCCCGGCCUCGGCGGGGGCUCGUGGGAGGCCGAGGGGCUCCAGUCCCUCCUCGCGGGCGCGGCGCUCGCGCUGCGGCGCGCCUCGCCGAGCGGCCCGCGCGCCGCGCGGCAGACGGUGCACUGAGCGCGCGCGCGCGAGCGCGCACCACCUCGCGUAGCGAAGCAAUCUCACGACGGACAUUUUUUGUUGUUUGUUUGUGCUU